UGGGAGUGGAGCUAGAUCUCUUAUUUUUUCCCUUUUCUUUAUUUUACUCUGAAAUCCUUUCAUGGGUCAUAUAUCCCUAAAUUCAUUUUCCUGAAGAUGUUGAGAACGCGUCGCCCCGUUGUGAUUUUUGUCAGUUUUAUAAAACUGUGCUUUCUUCGUCGGGUGGAAUUUGUUUUCACGGUGGUCGUUUUUUGUCCGUUCGUGUUUGAGUGACUGAAUCUGUGUCCUCCCAGGAUAGUCACUCCUCGCUGCUGCCGCCGCAUCAUAGGACCCGGAGUCUGACUCACUGUCACCUGCUCCCGAUGGAAGUCGUAAAACGAUUCCCUGUUUUGGAUAAUGCCCGAUCACGUGAACUAUUCAUGUCACCUUUGGGCAUGAAAGACUCCAGGUGGAUGUCGGUUCUCACCGCAGAACAGAAGAAGUUGUAGCAGUAAGUGCGACUAAAGGAGCAAAAGUCAGUAUAGAAUUUGAUUUUACUUCUUUCUGAGAAGAAUGCGCCUUCUGUUUUAAUUUCAAUUGUGGUCUAAAAAUAAGGAGCUUGUGUGUUUUUAAUGACUCCUGUUUGACAUAAGUAACAGGUCACUUAAAAAUUUGUUUUCAGAAUCAGAUGCGUCCACGAAUCUAAUCUCAUCCAUAUAUUUGAGAAGAAAGACGACUUCAAAUAAAUGUUUCAUCCUAUAAUUGCGAUUUCUUUAACCUCCCGACAGACUUUUACGCAGCGCGCGCGUCAAGUUUUUGGUUUUACGCGCGUCUGCCAUUCUCCGUAAUGAACGCCGGGGAGAGCGCCUCUAAGGGGCAUGAGGACUCCAACUCCCAGGGGGACUUUAGAGAACGCAGGGAGGCCUGGUCCCGUGAAUAAUCGCGCUGCAGCAUGCCCUCCUGGCCCAAUGACUCGGAGUGCCUCCCGCGUAACUGCAGCUGGGAGGAGACCUACAAUACCACGAGCAGCGCCGACCAGCCCGCGCCUCCGCUCAACUACUACUCAAUCCCUCUCCUCACGUUCAUCACCGUCGCCUGCUCGCUGCUGUUUCUGGUUGGAGUGGCCGGGAAUGUCAUGACCAUCCUGGUGGUGAGCAAGUACAGGGAUAUGCGCACCACCACCAACCUCUACCUGUGCAGCAUGGCUGUGUCUGACCUGCUCAUUUUCCUUUGCAUGCCGCUGGACCUCUACCGCAUGUGGAGGUACCGGCCCUGGCGCCUCGGAGACGCGCUCUGCAAACUCUUCCAGUUCGUGUCCGAGUCUUGCACGUACUCCACCAUCCUGAACAUCACCGCGCUGUCGGUGGAGCGCUACCUGGCCAUCUGUUUCCCGCUGCGCGCCAAAGCUCUGGUCACCAAAGGGCGAGUGCGCGCACUGAUCUGUAUUCUGUGGACGGUGUCCCUGUUUAGCGCAGGGCCUGUGUUUGUCAUGGUUGGAGUGGAGAGGGACAAUGUGGAACCACUAAACCUCACGUCCCGGAUUAAUACAACUGGCUUGCUUUUGGAUGUUGGGGACACUCGGGAGUGCAGGAUGACGCACUACGCCGUUGAGUCAGGCCUAAUCGGGGCCAUGGUGUGGCUGAGCUCGGUGUUUUUCUUCAUGCCAGUGUUCUGUCUGACGGUGCUGUACAGUCUCAUUGGCCGUCGUCUGUGGCAGAGGCACAGGGAGACGAACAUGAGCUCCCGUGUGGCUCACAGAGACAAAAGCAAUAGGCAGACCAUCAAGAUGCUGGUGGUGGUCGUGUUGGCCUUCGUUCUGUGCUGGUUGCCCUUCCACGUGGGCCGCUACCUGCAGUUCCGCUUCCUGGACGCGCCCUCUCCGCUGCUGUCCUUGCUUUCCGAGUACUGCAGCCUGCUGUCUGUCGUGCUCUUCUAUCUGAGCGCGGCGAUAAAUCCGAUCCUCUACAACACCAUGUCGUGGAAGUACCGGGGUGCGGCAGCGCGCCUGUUCGGCCUGACCGACGGACAGCCGUCCCGGUGCCGCACGGCCAGCACCUUGAAGGGCGACGGCUCAAGCGGCUGGACAGAAUCCACUGUGAGCUUUUGAACCCAACCGAGUUAAGGAGCCAACCUGGAAGCCAUCAUUUCUGUCAGAGAGGGGACGAUCUCCAAAGACUUGCCUUUCUUGAAUGAGAGCAUGAACCACAAAAGGUGAAGCUGCUUAAACUGAAUUAUUGCAAAAGCUAGUUUUGCUCUUAAAUGUUCUGCAACGUGUCAGAUUCUUUCAGCAAGUGCCAUAACAUUUGAAAGUGGAGUGUAAACGACCUUCACACCGUCUGGAAAUGCUUCUUGACCUGAAUAUGAACAAAAAAGAGGAGCAUGUUGUACAUAUAAACGUAAAUAUCACACACAUCUACAAAUGCCUUAUACCGUAUUCUGGAUGACAAAAGGAAGCACUGUAGAAUUUUAAAACUCAUCGCAUUUCUCUGUACUCCUUCAGAGGGGGGCAGAGGUGCAGAUUGUGUGCAAGCGUGUGUGUAACUGUGUAGCAGACUGUUAGUGAGGCAGACUCAGUGUUAUCCAUAUUUCCAAAGACCUGCAUGUUGAAUUUCCACUCCAUGCUUGCGCUGAUGCUGCAAACAGGGGUCGCAGUCGCUGGCAUAAAAGGGUAUUCUGGUGUUUUAGUGCCUGAACAUCAGUGCUUUAAUUGUACUUUACAUUUUUGGAUUGAAAGCUUUGUUUUUUUAUAGGGAUGGGCUGAUUAGGACUCUGGGCUCAGUUCGUUCCUUUGCCAAUUUGUUUCCUCAUUUUCUACCCACUCAUUGUCAUUUCACCCCUUCCUCCAUUUUGUAGCCAUGCACUAAUCAUUUCCCACACAGUGGAUUUUCAUCAAUCUCUGGACUGAUUUCCACAAAGUGCGAUGGCUGAUUUCAAAUUCUUUUGAGACCUCCUGAGUCCUUCCAUACUCAAAAGCUGACACAAUCUAGUUUUUAAAAGGCUCAGUCUUUUAAUCUCACCAGCACUUUGUCUGGUGUCUGUAAUAUUCUCUGGAUUUAUGGUAACACGUUGCUGCCCUUCCUCCUGCUGCUCAGCUGGCUGAAAUGGAGUAAAACAGUUUUCUGUUGCUCAAAUUUGACCGUUUGAAAAUAUCUCCGGUUGAGCCAACACCCGGACUAAGCAACCAGCUAGUAUAAGCAAAUAAAAACAAACAGGCUAUGAUACUUUAAAUAAUCCCCAUGCAAUAGUAGGAUUGCAGUGUUGGGAAUAAUUGUUUCUAUCUGGUUAUCAACAAAAACAGGAAGAUCGUGUAAUAACUUUCUCUUUUUAAUCUAUGUGUACAAACCGGCCCCUUGCCUAGAUUAGAAGUAAAUAUCAGACUCUGUCCAUUACCAGGCAUCUUUCCACCUUAGAUUGGUCAUCUGAGGUUAAAAGAAAGAAUCUGAUGAGGAACAUGUUUCUUGUUUUCACUAGAUUAUUAUGAAAAUAAUCAUUCUGAACAUACUGUUCUAGAGAUAUUAGUCAUAUGUUUCACUGCACUGCAAAAACACAAACAGCUUGAUUUUGUUGUAUAAAUCAACAUUCUCAUUUCUAAUAGCUAAGCUCACUCUGUGAUUUGUUAUUUGGACACUCUCAUAGCGUGUUGCAGAUUUAACUUUUUCUUACAUGCUGUCUGAAUGUGCUGCCAGCUGAACACAGAUGUGUUAUCUAAAUUCUUCUUGCAGUUCAUUUUGGUUAAUGAGUGUUGCACUAAUAAAAAAAACACAUGGUAUUAUAUUUUUUUUUACCGCCUUUUCUUUCUUUUUUUUACUUUUAAGGUUUGUUUCAGCUUUUUUUUCACGACACUUUGAGAUUUUGCCUUCUCGCCACUUCUUCAGGGUUUGUUUUUGAGUACAAUUUUCUACUUUAAAAAGUGAGCAUAAACCAUGGUUUGCCUGUUUUCCCUCCAAAAUAUGCUUAUUGCAUCACAAAUCAUCUUCUGUUUCAUAUUUUACACCAGAGUGUGUCAGUUGUACAUUUGUUAAUAAAUGGCAUUUUAAAGCAUUUGAACUGAAAAAAAAAACUUUUUCUAAAUGUGUUGUACUCUUGUCAUUUAUCACAAUAGCAGCCUUUGUUUCUAUCCCUGCUGCUUUUGAAAGUGAAUAUUAUUAAAAGUAAGACGUGUGGAUUAAUUAAGGACCGUGUGCCAUGUGUUGUAUCAUCCUUUGGAUCAAUGAACAACCUGCAAGCCAUGACGUUAUCCCUGCUUUAGCUUGUAAUUAGAUGCUUUGGACAGUGUGGUUCUGUGCAGCAGUUAAAAUCACCACAGCAGUGCUCUGGAUUUAAUACGUGGCCUCUUGGCAGUAAAGAAUGUAUUUCUGCUAAAUGAAUUUUUGCGACUGUAUAUACUGUUAGCAGGACGAUAUAUUUAUUAAUGUACUAAAUGUAUAAUGAUUAAAAGAAGACAAAACGUUUUA